AUGUUGCCAACCGAGAUUUCAGGAGGAGUGUGUUUCACCUCAAGCGAUCACACUGAGGGAAGGAGAGAAGGGAUGAAAACAGAGGAGAGCCAGCAGUCCUGUCUGCAGCAGCCUCCAUCCUCCACGCCUUUCGGUCCGGAGUACAGGCGUGGGGGGGGCGAGGUGUGCGCCGGCUGCGAGUCUCCCAUCGCAGACCGCUUCCUGCUGCGCGUCAACGAGCGCUCCUGGCACGAAACCUGCGUCAAGUGCGCAGUGUGUCUGAGUGCGCUCACCGGGACGUGCUACUGCCGGGACCGGCUGCUGUACUGCAAGCACGACUAUGAGAAGCUGUUUGUGAGGAAGUGCAGCGCCUGCCUGCAGGUGAUCGGUCGCUCCGAGCUGAUCAUGCGCGUGCUGGGCCAGGUCUACCACCUGGGCUGCUUCAGCUGCUGCGAGUGUGAGCGCCGGCUGCAGAGAGGCGACGAGUUUGUGCUGAAGGAAGGUCAACUGCUCUGCCGCAUGGACUACGAGAAGGAGAGGGAGAUGCUGGCCGCCAUCAGUCCCACGCCGACAGAAUCAAUGAAGAGUGAGGAUGAGGAUGGUGGAGGGGGCUCCGGGGGGGGGAAAGGUGGUGAUGACAGCAAGGAGCACAAGCGUUCCAAACGACCACGAACCAUCUUGACCACACAGCAGCGCCGCGCCUUCAAGGCCUCAUUCGAAGUGUCUGCGAAGCCUUGCCGCAAGGUGAGAGAGACACUAGCGGCUGAGACUGGUCUGACAGUACGGGUUGUGCAGGUGUGGUUUCAAAACCAGAGAGCCAAGAUGAAGAAGAUCGCUCGUCGGCAGCAGCAGCAGCAGCAGCAGCAGCAGGAGCAGGAGCAGCUCGGAGGAACCCGGAGAGGUCAGAGCCGAGGAGGCCGCCAGAGCAACGACGACAGUGAGGAUGGAUCCAGUACUCAUGGCAUGGAUGGGAUUCUGGGAUAUGCUUCUCUGCCACGUCAGCAGCUACUGGCUCUGGACCCCAACAUCUACGGAGGAGAGCCGUUCCGACACGGGCUGACUCCACCGCAGCUGACCAGCGAGCAGCUCCACUCCUAUGACUCAGAGACCGUGUUCCACGACCUGGACAGCGACGGGAGCCUCGGUCACCUCGGCGACUGCCUCCUAGCAACAGGGGACGGCGGUCUCCUGGCAGGGCGAGUGGGAAACCCCAUCGACCGUCUCUACUCCAUGCAGAACUCCUACUUCACCUCCUGA